AUGUAUAAGGGGAAGUGUGCCAAUGACAAAUACAUCGGUUCGAUUACUAGAUAUAAUCUUGACCAAGAAAGAAAGGAAGGUAAAAAAAAGUUAUUACUAUUAAUGCUAUCAUCAUCAUUAUCCUUAUCACUAUGGUGGGGAAAUAGAUCAAGGGUUCUUCCCCACCAUCAUAUAUACAUUCAUAGAUUAAUAUUAAUAUUAACCUUAAUAUUAAUAUUAAUCUUUAAUAUCAAUAUCAAUAUCAAUAUCAAUAUCGGUAUCGGUAUCGGUAUCAAUGUCAAUACCAUGAUCAUUAUGUCUAUUAGAUUAUGCUAG